AUGUUUGGAUCUGCGGUGACUUGGAUGAUAGUACUUUUAUUUUUUCAUUUAUCAUUCAGUCAUACCAUUCCGUUAAAUAGAUAUUUUUAUCAGAAUAACAAAAAUGGAAGUGGUAACAUACGCGUAUGCAAAGGUAGUAUAAUUGAAAGAAGCAAGAAAAUGGUGGCCAACCUAGAAAGUGCAAUUCGAAAAAUAAAAGACACAACCCAUGAGUUCGGUAAAAAUAUUUCAGCCAGAUGCUUUUUAAACGAUGAAGAUCGUAAGCAAUAUGAACAAUUAGUUAUCAGGAAGAAGUAUCCAUACUUGGACUUUAAGGAUUUAGAAAUGAAAUUAAACCCCACGAAUAAACACGUUAGGCAUAAUGAAGCUGUUCACGAAAUAUCUUCUUUCAAUGAGGCGAACGCUUGUGAAGCGAAUGACGAAUCAAUUAGCGUUGAAAUAUUCAACAGAGGGCUAUCUGGAGUCUCCAUACCCAAUAAAAGCUCGGGACCUUUCGAAUUCUCUAUUAAAAACGUAAAGGAAGUGGAAAGUUUAAGCGGAAAAACCUCUGAGUCAGUUUUAGAUACCUUGAAGAUAGAUAUUGAUGAAUAUUUAAAACGUAAAGGCUUUGAUCUUACUUAG